GCGUACGGACAGGGAUAUUUAUAUAUCGUGGGCAGCAAAAGUAUGUAAAAAAGGGGACAAAGAAACGGAUUAAUCUUUUUCCUCAAUCAAUCGAGAAGAAAGUUAGGGUUGGUUAUCAGCAAUGAUUCCAGCGAAGAGUUCCGAUGAUUUCAGUUGGGAGAAAGAUUUGUCAGAGGAUCUUCGAAUGUAUAAUGAAGAGUGGGAUAAGAGCGGGGGUUUCGAUAUCGACUUCUCGAAACUCCGUCACAAAUUCGACACAGGAGCUGUGGAUCUCAACGACGAUAACCUGGUUCUUGACCCUGAUGAUACCAACUUAGCUCUGCUCACCAGGUUGACGCACUUGGCUAUCACGCACCACAAAAACGAGACGGGUAUAAGAAGCCUUGAGUUUGUCAGGGUCUUGAAAGCAAACUACCACCCAUCCGCUGGAGUCACCUACUACAUCACAUUCGAAGCCAAUGAUGGUAAUCAGACUAAACAGUAUCAGGCAGUGGUUCGCUACUUGCCUAUGGAUACUCAAGUUAUCUCUUGCUGCCCUAAACCCUCUUGAAUUUUUUCCACCACUGCCGAGUUUAUGCUCUCUAGUCUCUAUGAAUGGGAAGAAAAAAAAAUUCGGUUACUGUUAUCUUGUUCCUUUAACUUCUAUAUGUCAGACUUUUUGAAAUUUUUCAUGUGCGGACAUAAUUUGAGAUGGAAGAACUUCAGCUGCCUUGCACAUUCUAUCUUUAUUUUUUUGGUCUUUCUGGCA